AUGCUGUCCGAGCACUUUCAGCAGGACAAGGUCCCUUCUCCUUUUGCUUCGGCGGAUGCUCACGUUGCAACUCAGCGCCGCCUGGACGACACUACACAGUCUGCGCCAAAAGGGCUCAUGGAAGCGGUCAAGCUCAAGCCGCGCCAUGCGCGCAGCCCUUCCGACUCUAGCACAAGUGAGCAGUCAUCCGGCUUCGACGAUGAGCAGCCCUCACAAGACGACCAAGACAUCGACAACACACCGGCCACCUCCUUUGGUGGGUCUCUAGCCCCCCGCAGCGACGCCUCAAUCGAGCACAAGUCAGAUUGCAGUCACCUCUCCAAUGCUGUGCUUCUCAAACAGCGCCUCUCUGCUGCUUCCGACGACUCAAGCAGACUCGAUGAGCUUAGGCAAGAAGUCGAAGCUCUCUUCGACAAGUUCUUGCCAGACUUUCAGACCAAACAGGACGAGAAAGAAGCAGCAGACCAUUCAACCGAACCCACCCUGCUUUGUCGAGACCUGCCAGCCAUUCUAGCCGAGUUUGAAAGGCAAAGGGCCCAUCCUUUGAUCGAUCCAAAAGUGUUCAGCCAACUCGAGGUCUUUGUAGCAGAGAACCCACAAGCACCCAUCUCCUCCAAUAUGCUCGUCAACCUCAUUCACGCAUUGGAGUCCAGCGCACGCUCGGUCGCUUCGGAUGACGUCCAUCCCCACACUCCGUCUUUCUUCGAUCGAGAAGUAUCACACAGCACUGGAAACGACUCGACGCCGAUCGCUCCUUCCGAAGACCUAGCCGAUCUAAGUCAGGACGACGACUAUCUCAUCAGAGGCGCUGAAGAUAGCCGGGACAGUGCCCGAGAGCUCAGCGCCGAAGCUGCUGUCAUUCUCAAUCUCAAAGAAGAUCUACGCAUGGAGAGAGACAAGAACGAUGCUCUUCAACUCACUCUGUCAGAUAAGGAGAGACGUGUCAAUGCGCUCGAGCACAAACUCACCACGUCUCAAGAGCAGUACGAAGAGCUGAUGCUCGAAGAACAGGCCAAACUCGAAGAAUUCAACAAGCAGAUCCAAGCCCUCCGUCGCGAAGACAAAGACCUACGCACUAAGCACUUUGAGCUGCAGGAGCAAAACAAUGCAUACGAGUCGCAAUUGACCGCGCUCAACAUCCAGGUCGAAGGCGCUGAAAAGACCAACAUCAAGCUGCGCAGAGACCUCGAGGAAGAGUCGAGCCAGCUCAUCAAGGCCAAGGCGGAUCUUGACCGUCGUAUGAAGGAAGCCAAAGAGCUUUCCGAAUAUCUUCUCGAGUGUGAGCAGGCCAAAAUUGCCGCCGAACACGCUCAAAACCAGCUUCGCCAAGAGCUGGAAAAGGUCAGAGCUGAAACUACAAAGCUGCAGGGUUACAAGGACGAGGCGGAGGAGCUGCGCAGCAGUGUCGAUAAACUCGAAAUGGAACUCGACGAAGUGCGCCGACUCACCAGUCUGCACAGCAAAGAUGCAUCGUCGCAGCAACACAGCAACCCUGCCACCAUGACCAGACGUCUUGGCAACGAACUUGCGCGAAGCAUGGAGCUCGAUGCACACAGCUCGGGAGAAGAGACCUCGGUCGAGGACAAGGACGCUGACUCAAGCAACGUCGACGACUACAUCGAGACCGUCAUCCAACGCCGACGAAGACGCGUAGGCAAGGCUCGCAGGUCGGUUGAGAUGGCCACGCAGUCAAUACAGACCGAAUUCAUCCAAGAGCCUCUUUUGGCGAUACUGGCCGAAGAAGCGUCCACCGGAUUGCCCGCCGACGUCGACACAAGCUUCGCAUCAAAGCCUCUGCACACCAAUCUCGGCUCUCUCUACACCGCGCUGACCGCCAGGACCGCCUCUGUCAUCAUCUUGCUCAUUGCGAUCGGUCUGACGUUUGGCUUGGCGCUCAAUACCUCUCGUGACAUCUAUCAUAUAAGCCACCACACUCUCGACGCUGACGAGUUCAGAAAGCUCAAUCACCUCCCUGGUGCGAGCCAGACCUACUACUACGAUGGCAGAUACCCAAACGCAGUGAUUGGCAGUAACUUUGUAGACCAGUACGUAGGACCCGUCUUGGACGCACUGCUCUCGCUUGUCGGCCUAAUCAGUCCAUCUAGAUCGCCAUCAGGCGGCACUGUGUACUAG